AUGCCCACCCCACCACCACCCCUCCCCCAAACCAUGCGCGCCCAACAACUCCACGCCUACAACACCCCCUACACCCUCUCCUCCACCCUCCCGCUCCCCACCCCGACCCACCCCAACGACCUCCUCAUCCGCGUCACCGCCGCGUCCUACUGCCACACCGACGCCGUCCUCGCCGCCGGCCAGAUGCCCGGCCUCCCCGCCUCCUUCCCGCACAUCGGCUCGCACGAAUUCGCCGGCGUCGUCGUCUCUCACUGCGCCCCUUCUUCUUCUUCCCCAUCACCCCUCGCCACCUCCUCCUUCCCCCCCGGCACUCGCAUCGGCGUCCCCGGCCGCGCCUUCCGCCCCUGCGGCACGUGCUGCGAGUGCCGCAAAACCGCCGGGAAUGCGCAAGACGACGACGACGCCGGCUAUUCCGUCUACUGCACUGCGGCCGAGAACUGCGGGAUCAGCCGCGCUGGGGGGUUUGCCGAGUACGCCGUCGUCGACGCGCGGCAGGUGGCGCCGUUGCCGGAUGGCAUGGCCGCGGUCGAGGCGGCGCCGCUGAUGGUUUUGGGGGUGGAGAGUAAGGAUGGGCCGUUGGGGGUGGCGAGGGAGGUGGGGUCGGGGUUGGGGAGCGCGGCGGUGAGGGUGGUGGAUGCGAGGGAGGUGGAGGCCAGGAGCGCGGUGGAGGAGAUGGGGAGGGAGGAUGGGAGGGUGGAUGCGGGGGAUAUGGGGCUUGAUGCGGUGAUUAUUUUGCCGGAGAGUCAGAAGGCGUUUGAUUAUGGGAUGGCGCUGUUGAGGAAUCAUGGGAGGUGCGUGGUUGUGUCUUUUCCGGAAGCUGGGUUUCAUGUGUCUGCCAGGGACCUUGUUUUUAGGGAUAUUUCUGUUGUGGGGAGUUUGGUGGGGAGUAACAAGACUCUGAGGGAGAUGCUGGACUUCGCGGCACAGCAUCAAAUAAAGGCGAAGGUCAAGACGUUCCCUUUGUCGCGGUUGAACGACCUCGUUGAAGAGUAUCAUAGAGGGCAGGGAGGGAAACUGGUCAUUGACAUGACUCUAGAAGAUAGUACCCAGGAGUCUUGA